AAUAUGAAGUGAAUUGAAAAGGAAAGCAAAGUUUUUGACGGGGGAUUUUUUAAAUAUUCGUUGCGGAAUGCAGGAGCUGUUGGUAGGUUUUCCAUGCCUUAAACUGUAUCGGACUCGAGGCAGUUAGCCAGCUGAUAUUUUGGUUUGUAAAUCAACCGCAAGAAGCACAAAAUAAACUAGCCGAGAGGCUAAUCCGGCCACCGCUAGCUAGUUGUUUUUAGCUCAAUUGCUAACUAGCCGUAGCAGCUUUGUGUAGCUGUUCUUACAAGUAAAGAAAGGACGGCCAGUGUUAUUUGUCGUUUUUAACUCGGUUUAUAGCGUCUGUAUGUCUGCUGCUGGCGGUCUUGUCCACAACACAGGCAUAUAGCUUUUUAGGAGGUUGUCUAGAUUAGCUAAGCUAAGUUGUGCUGUCAGUGUCAGACAGUGAAGUCGGCAACUUGGCUAAUGAAGUCGUUUUAUUGCCUGACACAGUAUAUCUAACUGGGAGUCUCACCUUAGUCCAGUGUUUCAUUGGUCUAAAUGUUCAUUCAGGCCAUGUAAAAUAAACUGUUGUUUAAUGAUACUUAGCUAGUCGUGAAGCUGGCUAACCUAGCUAGCGUUAAGUAGAUAGCUCUGGCGAUAGCCAGCUAAUUGAAUAAGAUGCGUGUAAGGUACCAGAUUCAGCUCUUGCUCGACCCGUACUUUUUCUUAGGGGGUUCAGGGUAGCUUACAUUUCAUAUGAAUUGAAAUCACAGUAACCUACAUUUUAGGUUAACAUUGCGCAGUCCAUGUAGCUAACGGUGAAAGAGUUGCCUCGUUUUCCACGUCGUAGUGCUAAAAUGCAUUAGUGACUUUAGUCUGUUGCAUUUAUUUCGGACCUGCCUUCCUCGUUAAAGUAUAAGGUAGCUCAGCAAAAUGCAGAGUAUUACUACCUUAGUGAUGUUGAGCACUGUAGCUAAGUAAUCGACAGACAUUAUGAGCUUGUGGGGUAAAUGCGUCUGUGCGGAAUAACGUGAGUAAGACUUCUUGACAACUUCUUUAGAGGCGCUAAGUUUAAAAAAUGAAUUCUGCUCCUGUGAAAAUCAACAAUGGGUUGUCUGGAAGAGAAAACCCUUUUAUGACAUUAGCACACUGAGACUUAAGAUGCAGGGCUGCAGUUUCAAAAAGAUGUUCAUGCUUCCUUCAUAUGAGGCACUUGGUACUGCUUAGAAUAGAAGAGGUAUACUAAAUGUGCUAAAGUCUGCAGACGUCUGCUCAUCCAACACGUCUUCUGAAAUAAGGGGUAUUAAUAGGGAGUUUGUCCUCUCUUACUCUGCAGUAACUGCCUCUACUAUUCUAUGAAGGCUUUUACACUAGAUCAGCAAUGCACAACUCUGGUACUAGAGGCUGAUGCCAAGCACAGUGUGUGUUAAUGGAGGAAGAUUGUCAUUUUAUGCAGGACAUCUGCCCUUCAGGAAUAGUGUGCGCCCUUGCACUAGAUGAUGGAUUUCUGCUGUGUGGAUUUGACUUCAUCCAGUCAUUAGUGAGGCCUGGUAGUGCUAACCUCUAGCUAACGCUUGGCAUUAGCUAGCCUUGUGGAUGGCUGCUCCAAAGAGUUAUUUUCUGUUGGCAUUGCUUUUCUAUGGAAAUUAUAUAAGUUGUGUGUGUACAGUUGAACACCUGCUUUAGCAAUGGGUGUACCUUAAAGAAGUUGAAGAGGUCUCUGCUUCCUUGUGGACAUAGUCUAACAAUUUCAUUGGGAACUGGGAAACAUAAACAUUGGGAGUCAUUAAUUAGGCCCUCAAACUUGACACUGAUGGCAAUCUUAGUAUAAUUUUCUUGAUUUUUCUCAUGGACUUUGGCUUUUGCAGCUAAUUAGUAAUUCUUGUAUUCUUGAAUCUUCUUGUAUUUUUGCCUGUCUGCCAUUUACUUACUUCACAGUGAAUACUUUCAUGAAGAUCUCAGGGCUGUGGUUCCUGAGACUUUUAAGCUGGCGCACGUAAUACUCCCUUGCCCACUGCUGGAAGGCUGCAGUGUGUGCCACAAUGCCGGAGAUAAUACAGAACCAGCCUCCUACUCAGAAACCAGCAAAGAGGAAGAAAAACAAAGAGACACACAAUGCAGUGGAAAGACACCGCAAAGAGAAGAUCAAUGCUGGUAUCAAACGAAUUGGAGACCUCUUGCCCUGCUCUCAGGCCUUAAAACAGAGUAAAAAUAUGAUUCUGGGUGAAGCAUUUCGUUACAUCACUGAGUUAAAGCAGCAGAAUGAUGAAAUGCUGCUCAGUGGCGGAGACAAAGUACAAGCAGAAGAGAUAAAACGCCUGCGACAGCAGUUGGAGGACUUAAGAAAGGAAAGUGCUCAUUACAUCGAGCUCCUUAAAGCUAAUGGCAUCAACUUUCUGGAUGACCCCACUAUACACUGGAAAGGCAAGCAACGCUGUACCAAAGUAGCGAAAAUAACACCAACUCACUUGAUGUCAAAGGGGAUAAUUGUGUACUCUAAUGGGAAUUCUACGUCUUGUUCUACAGCUAAAACGUGCAUUCCUUCAAAUCCCUCUCAAAUCUCUCACAUUGAUAAGCAACCAGUAAAUGCUUUAACCAUCCAGCCUUCUUGUGACCUACAAAUGGGUGCAGGUCAAACGCUCGGUGUUACAGAUGGAGCACAAAUAAAUGAAAUAAUAGUCUCCUCUACUACAUCUUCGCACAUUCCACUGGCAACUCUGAUUCCUGCGGUGUCUAAACCCUGCCUUGCAGUUGUAGAACAAUACACUGCUGUGGCACCAGUUGCACCCAAAUUGCCCCCUCCUGUGAAUUAUAUUACUCUUCAAGGCUUAUGUCCGAAGCUUGCGGUCACUGCACCUCUUCAACAAACUCCGCCAGCAAACCCAACAUCAAGUCUUGCAUCUUCCACCAGUCUUACAACGCCUCUUCAAAUUCAGCCUGUAAUUAGUCUUACCUCCUUGCCUCAAACUGUAGUCAAUAACCCCCCUGUGUCUGAUGCUUCUUCAGUGUUCCAACAGGAUACUGAAAUAAGAACCUUUGCCCAUACGUUACCAACCAGCUCUACCCAUCACAGGACCAGUGCCGCUAACAGCACACAGACUACAUGGACAACACUACAACUCACUGGUAACACAGUACAGCCUGUUUGUCAAGCUCUGGCCACAGAAUCCAGUAACUCAGGGCAGAAUGUUCAGCAGCUGUCUGUAUGUCCAGUUGUGGCAAAUCCCCAAGUGCAUCCCACUCAUUUCCAGUUACAAACACAAGUCUCUAUGCAACCGCAAACCCCUGCACCAGCACACCUCCCUGUACAGCCUAGACCUCCCCAGUUGUAUCCAGCUAUACUUCCUCAGACAGCUGUAGUUACUCAGGCAUCACUUUUAUCACAGGCAACUGUGGUGUCUCAACCUGCAGUACUUCAUCAGCCAUCUGUUGUACCCCAGACAGCAUUAUUGACUCAAUCACAAACAGCUGUCGUGGCUCAGCCUACAAUAUUACCUAAAGCAGUUCCUCCAACCCAGUCCCACUCUUACCCAGCCAUACAACCUAAGCCUCAACUUCACCAUACUACACCACCUCAGCCUGAUCCCCAACCUGCUAUGCCAUCUCAGCCUCAAGCCCAUCCAGCUGUGAUGCCCCAGGCCCAGUCUGCCAUUGUGCCUCCACUUCAGCACACUGUUGUGCCCCAGCCUCAAGCUGCCACACUGCCAGUACUUCAGACCAUGCAGGUUCUGCAGAUGAACUCUGAUGGGACGUCAGUUAUUGGGACAACUCCUCCUCAGAACAAUCCAAAUGUUGUUAUUCUGCAGCAGGCCAGUCCAUGUCCAGCUCCACAAGUAGUUAGAGAAGAUGUAACUAGUCAGACGCCAUGCCAGCACAUAGUCAUUAUCCAGACACCAACCAUGCCACCUCAGAAUCAUCCAACGAGUAUUGUGCCAACUACAACCCCUACUUUGCCUAACCAGAUAGCUACUUCGAACUCCCUGUGCACCACUUCUGUCCAAGCAAAUGUGACAAAACAACUGGUUCACAUCCUCCCUCGUCCUUCUACACAGGUGCAGACACAGACACCCCAGACUAUCACUGUGAAUGGACAGGUAUAUGUUUUACAGUCAGUGAAGUCAGCUGAGAAGGGGAGCUCUCAGGUUAGCCAAAGUGCUACACAAAUCAUUCAACCCACAAGUGAGGAAUCCAACACCAAUGUUGCAUUAAAUUGUUUGGGUGCCCUUACUAGCCUUAGCCAGAGCAUUUCACAGGUCUCAAGUCAAAGCAAUUUACAACUAAACACCAUCGCUCCACCCUCAAACACUACGGUCCAAUCUUCUCCAGCCAAACCUGUCUCGGUAUUCAGUGCUUCCGCUGAGACUGUUCUGCCCCCUACUGUCCCUGUGUCGUCAGCAUCAAUCAGUUGUGCGAUUAACAUCCUGCCAAAGAAGAGUAGUGUGGUCCAUGUUAGCCAACCAAAACAGAUAUCUGCUAAAAGGGCUAGAUCAUCAAGGAGAAAAGAGCCAAAACAGAGGAGAAGCAUGUGUCCAAUUGCUGCAAAGCCAGCACAUAAAAAGGCCUCAGAGGAGAACGUUACGCAAGGACUUUCGUCCCCAACAGACAUUAAAUUCAUGAGUUCUACUGAUGAAGAUAAGAGCAUUAAGACUAACACUCAUACCAAAUCUGUGGUGAUCAGUGCUGCUUCAACAUGCAGCAGUUCUUCAGCCAUUGGUGUUAGUUCAAGUAGUAAAACAACCGACAUGACUGUCUGUACUUCAACAAAUGGAUCUAAGCUGACUUCCCUAGUGGAUGGAGCAUCAAAAAGUAAAGAAAAUUCUACUGAUAUCAACACCUCAUUCCACAGUUUAACAGUUAGUACAGUUAAUACUGCUACAAGUUCACCCAAGGAUAGUUUAGUCAUCCAUACAAAUAGUGGUGCCAUUUUAAGUUCUGAUAUUGACCUUCAACCCAAUGAGUCAACAGUUAGUGUUGUUCUAUCCUCGCAGUGUAGCACACUGGACACUAGGUUUCAAGAGUCAAGAUCAGUGAUGAAUGGUAAUUCCACAACCAGUGCACUGACUGAAACAGUUUCUCCAAACAAGUUGGCAAACAGCAUUUCUACAAGCUGCAGACCAACCGAAUCAAAUGUCAGUUUAACACAGGAUAAACCGACAUUGGCCAGCGUUAGCUCUACAGAAAAUAAAUUGGUGGUUUCAUCUGUUGAUUCUGCACUUCACCCACCCCAGAGUACACAUUCAGAUGCCAUUGUUGGUCCAACAAAGAGUGGGCCUGCAGCUUCCCUGUUGCAGAACAUCUCACAAGUUCAAGCUAAGCCUGCAAGAGAGGCUAACUGUAAAUCAGUGAACUCUCCACAGAUUCAGACACAUUUUCCUUUGCCUGCAACAUCAGCUUCUUGUUCAGGUCCAUCUACAUCACUACCCUCAGACUCGACACCUCCUGUUCUGUCUCAAGAGUCUAGGAACACUUUUGGCAAGCCACGUAAACAGCCAGAAAUUAAUAUGUCUGUGCCACCUACUAGUCACAUUGAUUCUAUGAGUGUCAAGCUCACAGAAUCAAAUCAGAGCAAAGAACCUGUCAGUGGUGAACAUUCAAGUGAAACCCCAGCAGAUGUAACGGAAACAGAGUCGUUCUCACAAAAAGAGACCGUUCUUUCAGAGGAGGUGACUACUUUGGAAAAUGAAUCCUUUGAGUCCCCACUAGCAAUAAAUAGACAGACUGAUUCACCAAUGGCAGGAGGUUCAGGUAGCCGGGGAUUUUCAGUUGCAUCGUUGCUUCCUGCAGGACAAAAUAAUACAGCUUGUUCUAAUACAUUUGGAGCUUUUAGCUUCACUUCUGAGCAGGCUGAAAUCUUAGCAAUGGCUGCUAGAGCCAUAUUUGAGCAAGACAGCCCUUCAAGAAGGAGUAGUAGUUGUAGUGGUGACAACCCAUCAAGUGCAACUGCCACUAGUUGGGAUCUUCCAAAAACACAGCAAACCCCUAUCAUCAAGGAAAGGGUCACAAAUCAGCAGCUAAAGCAAGCAAAGCAGGCUGACUUAAAUGUGUCAAAGACUCCGUCACAAGUUUCAGUCCGAGGUCCUUUGGUUGAGGUUUCAGGUAGUGGUACAACUGGUGUCCGACUUCCGCUGAGCAUGGCUUAUUCUCAGUCGCAACCUGGCACCCUCACUAGUCUUAAUGUCAACAACCUUAUCAGGCCAAGUUCUAUCCAACCUUACCCAGGGUCUCCUAACCUUGGUCAGCAAGUAUCUGUUGCAUCACCGGGGGGAGCGGCAAUUCUGGUGUCCCAGUCAUCAUCUCAGGUUACCCCAAGCUGCUCUGGCCCAGGGCAAGUUAAUGAAUAUACACCUUUGAAAAGUGCCCUGAUGCGGACACAUGUAGGGGCAGGAAUACCUGAACGACAUCAGAAAGAUAUGCCAAAGCGUUCUGCCCAAGAGGACCUUGUUCUUCCUAUUAACAAGCGUUCAAAGCCAUGCUCAGCUGCCAGUGUUGGAAGGUUAGAUGUUAAGGCAACAGAACAUGUCCAAGUGAUGUCUGGACAAAUGCCCCCUAGCUCCUCAACAGUUAUGACAAGGAAUCACUCUGAUGGAGGAGGGCCAUUAUUUUCUGGUAACACUUUCAUGAGCACUGUGCUUCGGCCAUCUGAAGGGCACUGCCCUACUCAGCUGGCACCCCAAGAACAAAAUCAAUCUGGUGUUGUGCACCUUCAACAGGGGCACACGCAGCAUGGCACUCCACAGCCUGGCCAGAAUGUGGGAGGCAACCAUUACCUCAAACAUCAGCAACAACAGGAGCAGCAGAGACACCUUUACCAACUCCAUCACCAUCUUACACAACCAGACACUCAAAUUCACAGUAUUCAGCAGAGGACUUUGCUACAAGAUCAGCAUGUUCAUAAAAAGAGAGUAGUGCGUGGUGGUCAGACAGGACCUCCUGUUGGUUUGCAGAAACAACAUCACUUAGAAAAGAGUGGUGUGCAGCAGCAACAACAGCACCCACAGCAGCAGCACCAACAGCAGUCUCAGCAGCACCAACAGCAAGCUCAGCAACACCAACAGCAGCAGCAACAACAACAGCAGUCCCAGCAGCACCAACAUCAGCAGCAAUCACAGCAACACCAAUCACAACAAAAACAGCAACUUUCCCAGCAGCAACAGGCACACCAGCAGCAACAACAGCAGCAGAUACAGCAACAGGGCUCGCAUUCACGCCAUCAGCAUCUUCAGCAGCAAAUACAGCAGCAACAUUUUAGCACUAGACAAGAAAAGAAUUGUGAGGGUCAACAGGCUGGUCCCAGGACUCAUCAAAGCGGCCAUUUGAGUCAGCAGGACCGUCAGCCUGGGCAGGAUCAUGGCGCUAUGCAAAGGCUAAUGGGUUCCCGCACUUUAGAACAGCAGUUGACCUCACAGGCUAGCAAUCCUGUUUCUCGGUCAUCAGAUCUUGCCUGUACUCCUUCCCGACAGGAACGCCAUCGCCUUUCUAGUUAUUCUGCUGAAGCACUUAUUGGUAAGACUUCAUCUGCUGGUGACCAACGCCUAGGGCUUCAUCUGCAGGCCUCUCGUGGCAGUUCACAGGACCAGUCAGAAUUACAAGUUUAUGUUGACUCCUCACGUGGUAAAGGAAAUAUUGCUCACAAUCCUCAAAGUAGGCUCCCCCAAGAUCAUCCUGGAACUACAGACAUCCAACGAAUAUCAGAGUGUUUGCCUUUCAAAACUCUUGUUGGUGGACAUCAACUAGGCAACUUUGAAGUGCAGGUGUCUCGAAGUGGUGACAUGAGCAGUAAAUCUGUGGCACCAGUUCAGAGGGGUCCUCAAGCACAAGCAGGGUUCAGAAUAGGGGCUGGUCCUUCUGGGGAUGGACGUGCACGUGGUACUUAUGGGACCCAUCCUUCGGCACAGGGGGUACAAUCUGGAGCAGGGCUGCCACGUGAGCAAGAUGCAUGCCACCAGAGCUUUAUGCAAAGUCUCUUGGCUCCACAUCUUCCUGAUCAAAGUGGACACCAGAGAGCUACACAGGGAUGCCCCUCGUCAAGUGUAGAGUAUAACUGUGUUCCUGGGGUUUCUUCUGGAGACCUACAAGCUAAAGCCUCAAGUCCUAACUUGCACGCUGCACAGACUGCUCCUCCCAUGCACCUUGGGGACAACAAUAAAGGACAUAUUUCUCAGGUUAGUGGGAAUUUGCAUGGCUCUGCUGUGAGAUCAGUUCUCCCACAUCCUCCAUCAACACCACACAGUAGCUCAGAUACAGGGCGUGCGCAAGGCUCCACAAGGUCUCUUUCAGCUGUCAGUCAACGGGCUCACCAUAUUGGACCAGAUCCGCAAAGCACAAAGAUCCGUCCAGUAGAUCGACCUAGAUCAGGCAAUCUGAGAUCUGUAAAUUCAUUUGAACCUGAGGGUUCCUUGACACUUCCAUCAAGUGGAGGAGUACUGCUUGGACGUCCACAGACAGGUGGUGAAAGUCGACGAAGAAGUAUUGUGCGUUUCAUGGCAGAUGGUGCACAGGUCAGCAGUGACAACAACUUGGUUUCAGAUCAGCAUCUCACCCAGAACUUUGGUUUUUCCUUUAUUGCUGAGGGAGGCAUGAAUCCUCCACCUCCAAUUAACGCAAAUGCAUCUUUCAUUCCCCCAGUCACCCAGCCCAGUGCCUCACGCACUCCUGCUCUCCUCCCUGUAGAGCCCCAGAACACUCUCCCUUCUUUCUACCCUUCAUAUUCACCUGCUGCUCAUCCAAGCCUUCCAAGUGAGAUUCCUUUGCAGUAUUUCUCUAACCAGAUGUUUACAAGCCCAAGUGCUGAUAAAAGUAGCACUGCCCCUCUUAACAAUCGCUUUGGCUCUAUUCUCUCUCCACCUCGUCCUGUGGGCUUUGCACAGGCAAGCUACCCACUGCUUACAGAUAUUACACCAAUGCCUAUAGCAAACUCCUCAGGCAUUACUCCUCAUUUAUCAAAUUUUAAUCUGACUUCCCUGUUCCCUGAAAUAGCCACAGCUAUGCCCCCUGAUGGCUCUUCUAUGCCAAUGUCCCCUUUACUGUCCCUUGCUAAUACUUCCUCAUCUGACUCCAACAAGCAGUCUAAUCGCCCAGCCCACAAUAUCAGUCACAUUCUUGGCCAUGAUGGAACCUCUGCAGUUUAAAGAUGCAGAUUAUGAAAUAUUCGCCCUAUGUCAGUACUACCUAAAUAUAAACAUUGUUUUUUUUUCUUCUGCUAACUCAAGUGAGAUUUUGAUUAUCUGAUGUGUUUUGGCUGUGCUUCAUCUAGGUGGUAUAGGUGAACGCGUCCAUUUGGCUUUCUGAGCCAUUUUAAGCAUAAAACACGGUCUGGAAUAUCUGGGUUAAUUCAUUAUUGACAGAAAACAGUCGGCCUGUCCCAAAGUUCACACUUGUGUCAUUAUGUCCAUUGAGUGUGUCCCAUUUGCCAAACAUGCCAAAAAAAAAAAAACACGUGGUGCACAAGACCAUACCCCUGUCCACAUAACGCAUCAAA